CGCACGCACAUUCACAUGCACACGCACACCCACCCCACAUACACACACCCUGCAUGUGCGAACAUAAACACACAUACACGCACCGCAGACGCGUGUGGUUGACCACACUGGGCUCUCAGCAGUGUGUGAAGACACGCACAGCACGCCAAAGAAGCAGCGUUACUGAAUCUAACGCAGGACCGGCAAGCAGAUCGCAUCGCAAACCAUCCUACUUCUCUCUCUCUCUGCCUCUCUCACCCCUUUUUCAGUUGUACUUGUGUAGAGCCGGAGAAGAAGAAAUACCCUCUCUCUCUCUCUCGCUCUCUUCCCCUCUCUCUCUUAUUCUUUCUCUCUGUCCUAUGGUGGGAUAAACCGUGAAAAGAUGAGCGUGUGAUACAGAACCAGACCUGAGUGACCUGACAGCUCUAACUAAUCGUGUUCAGAUGAGAAGAAAUGCUGCCAGUUGAAGCCUAGUUCUGAUAGCAGUGAAGAGCAUCCUAUCUACUUCCCGGUAGAAUACAAGAUUUCUCUGAUCUGAACACAGAUGAUGAUGUUUUGAAUGACGUCGAUCACAGAACAACACUGGCCUGCAUUGACUUCAAUUUUAUGGACAUAAAACCACCGAGGUUCAUCGGACAGAGUGACUCGCCAAGCUCCGACUGCCCCCUUCUCCCCACAGAAUUAGACACCACCCCUGUUCGGCCACAGCUGUACAUGGAGACCCCCAGCUGGGCAGAAACCAAACCAGGAAACGGGCUGUGUAAAACAGGAAGCAUUGCUCUCUUUGGAAACGUAGUGUACAGCGGGCUGCUGAACGAUCACUUCUGGCAUUUUGGGGUGCCCCUUGUCACAAGACUGGGUAACCAGGAGGCCCCAGCCCCCCCAGAAGCAAUGGCUCAGCCGUACGCCCCUGCGCAGUAUCCGCCCCCUCCACCUCAGAACGGGUUGCCCGGUGAAUACACCCAUCCCGGGCAGGACUACACGGGGCCCAGCCCGGUCCCUGAGCACGCGGCAGCCCUCACCAUCUACACACCCACACAGACGCACAGCGAACCGCCCGGUACUGACAGCAGCACGCCUUCUCUCACAGGAACUAACAGCUUACCACAACCGGAUGACGUGGCGCAGACAGACAUCUCCCAGCAGCUUCAGCCCUCAGACUCUUCGGAGAAGCAGCAGCCCAAACGGUUACACGUCUCCAACAUUCCCUUCCGCUUCCGUGACCCAGACCUCCGGCAAAUGUUCGGGCAAUUUGGGAAAAUUUUGGAUGUGGAAAUUAUUUUUAACGAGCGGGGCUCCAAGGGUUUUGGUUUUGUAACUUUUGAAACGAGCGCAGACGCAGACCGCGCACGGGAGAAACUAAACGGUACAAUCGUAGAGGGACGCAAAAUCGAGGUAAAUAAUGCAACAGCACGAGUAAUGACGAACAAAAAAGUGGCCAACCCAUAUACAAACGGCUGGAAGCUGAAUCCAGUGGUGGGAGCGGUCUAUGGUCCUGAAUUUUAUGCAGUGACAGGCUUUCCAUAUCCCACCACAGGAGCGACGGUUGCUUACAGGGGUGCUCACUUGAGAGGCAGAGGACGUGCCGUCUACAACACGUUCCGCGCCGCGCCUCCACCCCCUCCGAUUCCUGCUUAUGGAGCUGUGGUUUACCAAGAUGGCUUCUACGGUGCUGAGAUCUAUGGUGGCUAUGCAGCAUACAGAUACGCCCAACCAGCCGCGGCAGCUGCAGCGGCCUACAGUGACAGCUAUGGCAGAGUCUUUGCAGCAGCAGACCCGUAUCACCACACGAUUGGACCUGCAGCCACGUACAGCGUGGGCACUAUGUAACUAAAACGAAAGCCGACGAUGGAGAAGAGAUGGACAUCAGAUAAAAGGAACAAAAAGGAUAAAGAAAAGUGAAAAUGUGUGAAUAGGAAAAAAAACAUACAAAAAGAAGUUCAGAGGAGAUCUUUACACCGAGGCUGUCAGGAGAAGGCAUUAUAUCUCUGUAGGGACACGAGACUGACACAGCCAAGCUGUGGAUGGGAAGAGGGGUAAACUUUCACCUGGGACAGCCUUUCCGGUGUGGAGAAGAGGAGGAGACGUCAUCAUAAAACUUUUUAUUUUUCUAAACUUUUUUAAGUUUACGGUUUCAAAAAGAUGAAAAAGAUGAGUGUAUAUAUCUAUAUAGCGAUAUAUAUGUAUGUAUAAAUAUGUUAUAAAAGAGAAGCGGAGUUUAAAAAAAUCACUAUAGCAACAGAGUGAUGAAUUCGUGCUGUGGGAGGGGGGGGUGGGCGGUGUACGUGUCGUUCCUUCACACCCCCCUCCCACCGAUCGAAACGGCCCAGGCAGAGAGGCUGAUGGCCCCUUACACACGAUUCCAUGCGGCCCCUCGAAUACGGCACAGCUGGGUCUUCCACGAGCGGGAUCUUGUCGGGUUCAACUUCCUGUCGAACCGCAUCGCUUCCUUGAGAAAAUGUCACUAAUGCGGGGGCGGCUAGACGUCCCCCUUUUAUUCAUCCCGUCUAGAUGUUAAACGAAGGCAGACUUGCAUGGGAAGAUCCACUUUAUGAACUAUGUCAAGUAAAACUCACCAACAUCAGGUUGUGAAGAUCUGCAUCAUCCUGCUAUUCAGGUGUCGUAUUAAUCGGGACAAGAGAAGACACUGUAAAUAUAUGAACAGAGCCCAGUCGACAUCAGACGUAGACGUGGGGAACGAGAGCGGGGUUGUUUUCGAUAUCCAUCCACCCUGUCAUCCUGCUGUUGUUUGUAGCACAAUAUGAAACGGCCCACUGAGGUGAAACACAGAUGCAGGUUUUACUAGGUUGCGUGUGUGCGUGUGUUCUUGCGUGUGAGUUGUGAGGUCGGGGGGGGGGAGGCGGGGGGCUUUAUAGAGUCGUGUAGGGCGCAACAGCCGCCGGAGCCCAGGGCUACCAAAAAGCAUUUCAUUGUAGUGUUGUGGAGGUGGCCGUGCUGUGUAGUAAACACUUUUGUAUGUGGUGUCAGGAGGCUACAAAUUAAGAAAAUUGGAGCUGUCUUCUCGGUAUUGUCACGGGAGUUUCACUAUCCAUCUUUAAAAUGGGUUCCUGCCCGGUGCGAGGUGGAAAACUGUGUGAAAUGAGUGCCAGUUUAGUCACGGGAAAGUUUUAUUAAAGACGUAUUACCUUUAUACUUCUACCGAGCUCAUUUCAGUGGCAUCAUUAUAUAUUUAAACGUUGUACUAAUAACAUGCUGCUCAGCGUGGUCAAACGUCGAUUGUAGCCAUUUACUAAUGUUGUAUUAUUGUAUUACCAGUAUGAAAAACAUUUAUAUAUGGAUAUAUCUAUUUGUGACUUUGCGACCCUUGAAGAGGAUUGUAUCUUUCGUUUUCAAUGGUAGUCCAGGUUUACUUUUUUGGCGGCGAUUUAUGCAAGAACCGAGAGAUUUUCACUUGUGUGGCGUCGUUUGCGUUCGUCUGUAUGUCUUUGGUUCAGCUAUUGAAUGUAAUUCUACUUUUUAUGUACAUGUCUUUGUUUUUUAAGCAGUACUUUGUAAAUGUGUGGAUAUGUGGUAAAGCGAGUCUUUGUUGUGAAGCUGGACCCGACUCGUGACGGAGACGCGGUCCGGCCGACACCUCUCUUUUAUAACAAGGAGCACUCCAGCACGCCGGACUUUAUCCUAACCCUGCAGGACAAUGACCUAAAGACAAAUGGAUCGGAUCUGUCGGAAUGGUUUACGGAUGCUUUUAUGGAAAACACUUUUUUAUUUUUAGUUUCCUUGUUGCAAAAUGUAAACAUCUAAAAGGUUUAAAAGGUUGCUCCGUUAUACAUAUUUAUCCUGAAAUGAGAUGUUGUGUCGUGUAACCCACAAUGCGGUACCAUCUAAAUGUACAGGUUUUAUUCACGUCUGCGUUUUUAUUUCACAUGACUGAGUUAACCUGACUGCAUAAGGUCAUUUCUGAGGGUCAGGUCAGGUCGAAGUCUCUCCAAACGAACAACUGCACGUUUUCACUUUUUACAGUGUUUAUUUUGGCUCAGUUAGACGGAACGGUACAUUCAGUCAACCUAGAAAUAACUCACCUCUACAGAUGGCAUUCCCAAGCUUUGCAAAAUCAUGCGCUUCCUCGGACUCAGGUGUUACACGACAGGACUGAUGUGUUCCCUUCCAUAAAGAUCGAACUCCUCCUUGCUGCAGUUUUCCUCUCCGAACGAAAGUUUCUUUUCUACAAAGCUGGCGACUCCUAUUCUAUCUCAGCGACUGUACUACUUUGUUACCGAAACGAUCCUCCGUAUCCUGGAGAGCGGAGGCGUCCGGUCAGAUGCGAAGGUUAGCGAUGCAUUAGCGGUGCUUUGGCCAAGGCGUGUUGUUUCAGGGACUCUAAAACAAAACCAGAGUGGCGGAUUCUGCUCUAGAAGAGACUGUGACCGAUCAACCUAACAAAAAGAUGUCAAUUCUACAGAGAUCCGAGACCUCUGGGGUUAUUUCUUUGCUUUAGUCCGUACGAGACAUUACUUGUUUACACGUUCUGGUUUUUGACCCUGCUGUAAGGUAUACUGUAUGUCAGCUUUUGCACUGUAUUUUUCGGCUUGUCGUCUUCCCUAAAGUUUCUGUUUCCCUAUCGAGUGACGCCAACCCAUAAACCUGAGCACCAAAGUCAUUUACUGUCUUCCUCCACCCAAAGCAGAGAACCAAUGCAAACUGUAGUCUGCUUAUAGUCUUAAGACUCAAGUGCAUGUAUCUGCGAACUUAGACCUAAAAACGUCUUACGAAUUUGUUCUGGUCGUCUGCUCUCCAGGGGCGGGUUUAAGACCAGCUAUGCAGCUCACCUUUAUCUGCACACUUACAGUUCCACACAGUCAAGCCAACGGAAACGACAAACUUCUCCUGGCAAAUGCGUAUUCCAGCCCAGUUCAACACAAAAAAGGAAAAAAACUAUUUCCGAUUUUCCUCAUCGUCAUUGCCAGAUCCCCGAAGCACAAAGAGUUUGAAUGGAAAGUUGAGUUUGUUGUCUUAGUGAUAGUAACCUUCCAUUUAGCGUACUUGUGUGUGUGUAUGUGUGUGCGUGCUUCCAGCCCCUUUGUUUUCUAUUGAAAAUAUAUGAAAGCUACUUCCUGUGUCAUCUCAGUAUAAAGAUGUAUUAUAUUAAAAAAGGUUCUCUUCAUGUGCAACACAAGCUCUACGCAACAACAAGUCUAUUUUAAUCACUUGCUUUGGUUUGGUUUGGUUUUGUCUCAUUCUUUCUUUCAGAUUUUAAAGAUGUUCCAAAACGUACACGUAAAAAGGGGGGGGGGAGAGAAAAAAGAAACCAAUAUAUUCUAUUUAAAAUGAAAUGACUAAACUUCUGCUGUCCUGGAUCUAUACUCUCUAAAUUUCAGUUUUCUUUCUGUAUGCAUCUGAUGUGCUUCAGACAACCAGUACUGUUUAUUAAUGAACCAUUAUAUUAUUAUGAUUAUGAUUAUUAUUAUUACUAUCAUUAAUAUGGUUAUAAAUAAAUAUUUCUUUCUUCAAUAA